AAUCCUUUUCAUUCAAGAUGAAGAUGAUUCGCAUUCUUUUCAUCUUUGCUCUUCUAUCCUUCACUUCCCAUGCUUCUAAUGUCAAUGACUUCUGUGUGGCAGACCUGAAGGGUCCAGAUAGCCCUACUGGCUAUCACUGCAAGCCACCUAAAACAGUAACAUCACAUGACUUUGUGUUCCAUUUAGGCCCUGGAAACACUUCAAACGUGUUCAAGUCCGCAAUAACCUCUGCAUUUGUCAAAGAUUUUCCUGCUGUCAACGGUCUUAGCCUUUCUGUAGCACGCAUUGACAUAGCUCAAGGUGGAGUGGUUCCAAUGCACACACAUCCUGGUGCCAAUGAAAUAGUGAUGAUGGUGGCAGGUGAAAUCAACGCUGGCUUUAUAACAACCGAUGCAGUUUAUCAGAACACACUGAAACCAGGAGAUGUUAUGGUUAUCCCACAAGCACAGAUACAUUUUCUUGUAAAUUCUGGUAAGGGAAAUGCCAUUUUUUACGCUGCUUAUAGUAGCGCAAACCCUCGAGUGCAACCAAUUAGUAUUCUGUUAUUUGGCAACAACUUGUCUUCUAACACGGUUGCACAAACUACCAUCAUUGAUGAUUCCGAAGUGAGGAAAUUGAAGGCCAUUUUUGGUGGCAGUGGUUAGGAUUUUCUAUGAAUCCACUCCUACUACCUAGUAUAUAUAAUUAUUCCAAUAAACUUGAUCCUCAGCAUAAAUAUGUUUGUGUGUUUCAUUGUCCCAUUUAUAUGUCCAAUCCCAAAUAUUAUUGAAGGUUUGUUGUUUAACGGUUUGAUCAUCAAUGCAAGAAGAGGAUUAUAUAUGAUUCUUAUCUUAAUUCUAUUGGUUUUUA